AUGGAUGCCAAGAUCCAUCUGAAGGCAGGAAAUCUUGCGGAUACCAUCAAGGAGGAUACCACUGAGCAAAACAAUGAGCUUUUGAUGAAGAAUCAUCAGUCCUGGCUUACCGGAUAUGCACCAUUCCCAGAAGUGAAUGCUGCUUCCCUUGAAAAGAAUACCACAUCUUCUCGUGGCAAUAAUUACAAACGAGGACAUGGCCACAAGCGGGGCCGGUGGAAUGGGAAAGGCAAGAACCAUGGCGUCCAGUUGAACAACCAGGUUCCAAGGCAUAAUACAGGCCCGAGCUUUAAGAAUGCAAAUCGUCAGAAAGGCAAAGCUCAUAUGAACACUCCUAGACAUCCUGAAGGAGUUUGCCAUAGGUGUGGUGGCAAUGGGCACUGGGCGUGUACUUGUCGUACCCCAAAACAUCUGGUGGAUCUGUAUCAAGCCUUCCUUAAGAAGAAGGGUGUUGAGACCAAUUUUCUCGACCAGGCUAAACCAAUGAAAAUACCUAAUCCAGUGUCCAAUUUAUCAGGAUAG